AUGACGGCCCCGCGCGGUAAUACCCAGUAUGCUUCUACCAUCGCCGCCAUAACCGCCUCCCAGAACAGCGCGCCCGUGGCAGAAUUCCGUUGCCUCUAUACACAAGAUGUCAAACGCAAGCAGAAGCGGUGGCAAGACGGGUACCUUAAAUUCCACACCUUCAACAGCCGGGUUAUGGUCUACGAUCAGGCGAGGAACUUUCUAGGAGAUACAUAUUACAAGGACAGCAACGAGCUGCAGGAAGGAGACGAACUCAACCUCAACAAUGGCGCUCUUGUAGAGGUCGCCGAGCCGAUGGGCAUUACACAUACAGACCUAACACAACUACUCGAGAAGAAGACGAAAGAACAGCCACCACCUCGCCCGACUGCCCCUUCUCAGCCAAAACCCUUCCAGAGACCGUCAUCAGUGGCCCCCACUAACGCCCAGCGAAACGCGUCGCAACUGCGCCACAAAUCACUCAAUACACUGCUUGGGACGCCGAAAGGGCCAAUUGGGAAGGCUCAGCCUAUGCAGUCCCCAUAUGAGGCUCGCAAGGAAAAAGAGAAUGAGCAGAUCGAGGAACGUGUGCCGAAGAGGCAGAAGACGGUCCAGCCACUCUCAAACUGGAGGGCCUCUAGCCCGGCCCAAGAGGAAAGCCCUAUAGCGAAGAGAGACUCGGUCACACCUGCGAGACAAUCGGACACGAAGAACGCUCGGAAGCCUGCCAAGUUUGUACCCCCGACAGCGAAUGUCAUCACGAUAGAGUCCGAGUCCGACCCUCAUCCAGCGUACUUGUCAGAUGUAACGCUUCCGAGCACACCACCAAAACUCGCUAGAGCGAGGGCACGGUCUGGCACACUUGAUACCCCAGCACCGCAGCCCGCUAUACCCCAGCAAUUACCCGUACAAACUCCAAAGAUACCCAAAGGCAAAGUGUCGGUACCAAGUGUAAGAGCUUUAGAGACCCCGAAGCAACGAGCGCCACCAUCGUCACCCCCAGUGAGCGCCUCGAAUCGCCUGACGAACGUCGAUUUUGCGCUCCAACCAACGAAGGAGCCAUCUAAAGACUCUACUCCUCCACCACAGCCUUCACCUCCUCCCAACCGCAAAGCCAAAUCACUUCGCCUGUCUACAGGUGUAAAGCGCGGAAGGUUGCUAUGUCAGUCUUUGCCUCAACAAGUUGUAAGAGCUGGUAGUGAGGCCAGAGCGACCAGUUCGAAAGCCAGAGUUCGGCCAACAUCACGCGUAACGACCAAGGAACCAUCGCCUACAGUGUCACAAAACAAUGAUGAUCCUCCACCACGAGAGCUCAUCUCUACAGAGGCCAGACGGAUGUCCAAAGACAAGCGAAGAAGGAUAGACGGAGAGGAUGGUGAUGAUGUUGCAUUAAAGAGGGUAAGGAUCUCCAAAUCUCCAUCGCUGCCAUCGCCAAGUGUUCUCGAAGACCCAGAAGUCAUACACGACUUCAUGGAUCAGCAACUACUAGUCCCAUCGUCUCCUCCACAGCCUCAGACCCUAUCAUCUCCUCCAGAGAAAGUUCCCAAGUCUAGGCUAGCUACUACCAAGAAUCUGGCGAAAAAGACAUCCGUUGAACCGCCACCUAAACCCGCGGCUGCGAAAUCCAAGUCACCUCCACUAAAGGAACUCGUCCGAAAAGCGCAGCCACGAAAUAGCGCCAUGGAGAAGCCCAUAUCAGUACACAGAGCCCCAUCGCCUCCUAUACCUGUGCUCGAUCCACCGAUACCAGCAUCGCGAGACGUCUCACCAGUGCUCAUCGAAGCUUCGGAAGCACGAUCACGUACUUCAUCAACCUCGCCUCGCAGAGUCCCUCUUUCAACUGGCGGCAUACCCAAGCGACCAGUGAAGCGAACCAAGAAGCAAUCGGCCGCAACAACCUCAAUACAGGAAGGUCCUGCUCCACCUCCCCGUAAUGAGUCCGUACCUCUCCCACCGCAUCCACUUCGGGCAAACAAGAAAGGACCCAUGAUGAGCACGACUGAACUGGCAUCUCUUCUCCAAAAACCCAAAAACCUCGCCAAGGCCCUCGCAGAUCCCAUCGAAGACGGCUCAAAUAUUACCAGUGCUGGCAAGUCGCCGAGCAGGAACUUCAGGCGAGUGAGAAGCGAGAACGACACACCAAUACCUAGUACAGCAGAUGAUUGGGAGAAGCGCAACUUCCCAAAGAUGUCGAGCGAUAUCACAGAUAUCGUAGACGAACCUGUUGAGGAACCAAAGAAGAAGAAAAGCAGUGGGCUCGAUGCGCUGAUCAAACGAACAGAUCCUAGGCGGAAGUUCAAAAGGACGCAGAGUCUGCAGGUGGAAACCAAUGUGCCGCCGCCUGCUGUGGGCGAGGUCGAAUUACCCAGUCCUAUCGUGGACAACGAUGUUGGACCGUGGAGUACAGAAGCAGGUGAUCUGUUUGAUUGGAGACCACCUGGAAGAGAUUGA